CUACUGCUUCAACUCCCGUAUUUUGGCUUUGAGGCCGCUGAUGAUAUCGAGCAGCUUCUUCUGCAGUCAGGACACCAUACACACGCACCCAGACAGACAGAUGAGAAAAUGUGUGCCGUAUAGGAGUCCGCUGACAUGUAUGUGCCCACCUCGUUCGCCCGUGCCGUCUCUGCCAUAUUCUUGUUUGACUUGAGCAGUUUCUUGAUGCCCUCCACCGCCCCCUUGUGCAUGUCCUGCCAAAUGUAGCAGCUCUCUGCGCACCACACAGACAGUAUACAGCGCGCAUGCAGGCAGGCAGGCAAUGGGGGCAACGCUGUUGUUGGUCCUCACCUCUCGUAUGCUCCCGCUCCUCAUACAGCCUCAGCCAUUCCCUCCUCACGAUGCGCCCAGUGGGGUCCUCCCUCUUAUAACCUUCAAACUCUGCGACACAGACACACAUCAUGGCCACGUUCCGUCACCCACGAAACACUUCUCCCUCCCGCCUUUGUUGCAAGGGUGCAACGUCUGACUCCCUCACCGCCGCAUUCACGCUUACCGCUCAGUGUAUGGCGCCUCUUACAUGCUGCGGACGACUGUGAGUCCACGCGGCCAUUUCUUUCUCUGACGGACUCUCCUUUUCCCUGAACUUGCAGAUGCCUCCUCCUCGUCGAUCUCAUCGUGCUCGUCCUUAGACAGCAUGUGACACACGCACACAGAAGCACACAGAGAAAGAGGGCAGGCGCAUCGCAUGUGUGGCCGUCUUUGUGCGGUGCUAUUUGGCUUCAGCCACUUACAGCGAUAGUCGAUUUGGUUUUCUUGGCCUCGGCCACCAUGUCGGCCACCAGCUUCUGUGCGAUGUGUAGGCGGGCCUUGUUGGUGUGAUACCCGACCACCUGCACCACACACAUCCACUCGCACACACAGCCAUCCAGCCGCCCUGUGUGUGUGUGUGUGUGCUCACGGCUGUGUAGAGACGGUCUCCUACCCUACGGUCUCCGGUGAGGGCUGGGCUUUAUCUGGGCUUCGUAUGGCGCGCGCCAAUCGUCGAACUGCUUCUUGAGGGUGGGGUCCAGUGACUCGAUCUUCUCCAUACGGCAACAGAGGUCCUGGUCCAGCUUGAUGACCUACCACACACACACAGCAUGGUGCCGUCAGCGUGUGUGGCGGUGACUCUCUCAAUCGCUCACCGUGUUGCAUAGUUCGGCGUACUUGUUGAGUGCCCGCAUGGCGGCGGCGGCGGAGUUCUCGGACUCUGUCAGACACAAUACAUCCACACACACAUGACCUCACUUAACACGACCGCCGUCCCCCACCAGUCGAGUUCUUGGCCGUUUCUGCACACAGAUAGCAGUCAACACAAAGAUAUCCGCACGUGUGUUGUUUUGAGGUGGGGUGGGGUGAGGUGGUUUGACACUCACUGAGGAUGUGUGCGGCGUGGUGGGUGAUGUCGGCGUCGUCACUGCCGAGGCCGCUCUACUGCAUCACCGCCGAUCGGCGCGGGCCUUGUCCACCUCGGCGAGCAUGGCGAGCAGCUGCUAAAGCUGAUCGCGGGCCUAGUUGAAUGCCUCGUUGAACUCUGAGAACAUACAAGACACACACACACAGACGUGCAUAAGCGUGUAUCUUUCUUUGAUGCAUUCACCAACCCACCCAACCCACCUCCUCCUUGGCGCCGAUACGGGGCUGGCUAACCUUCUUGUCGUCCUUGUGUUGGCCUUCAGAUGCUCCACCUGCCGCACCGACACUCCAAACAAUGAGACGGCAGAAUACAAAAUGUGGGCAGCGAUAUUCGUGGAUAAUCAGCCCUCUCCUGAGCCUUCAACUUGUUCACACCUGACACACACAGAGAGGGAGAGAAAUGCUCGUUCUGCAAAGCAUUCACAUUCUCUCUGCGUGUCUUGACACCCAGUGCGAUCGGCUCUGCCGGCAUCCGCUCAUCUGCCGAUGGUGGCCCCAUAGGGCCCUGGUGGUUGAGCAGCUGCUGCAGGGGGUGCAGAUGAUGAGCGGCCGAUCUUGCCCGCGGCCGCGGCGGCCAGUGUACAGGAUGGAUUCAUCUACCAAAUCAGAUUUGCAGAGGCAGCCUGUGUAUGUGUGUCUGUGUGUUUGUGCGUGUAUGCUCACGACAGUGCAGAGUUUCUGUGGGGUUGUGUCGUCGAAGGGGCAAGGGCCGUCCGACCAGCAUCAGGUCUCUACAUGUACUACACGCAGUAACGCACAAGCGGGGAGGCCAGGGCAUCCACCUGGAUGUGUGUGUGUGUGUGUCAGUUGUCUGCGUACAGGCAAACGCCAGCGGCCCAGAUGUCGCCGGCAGGGCUCCACUUGCUCGCCCAGUCUGCCAGGUAGACCUCAGGGGCCUGACGCAACGAAUACAGGACAAGAGAUUAGAUACAUGGACACAUGCGUGAGGUCUGUUGUGCUUCGCUCCCCUGCAAACUCACUCGGAAGCCGUCAGCACCAGGGAGGAAGCUCGUGGGUGGCGGCGGACGGUUGACGAAUACACACGAGUCGAAGUCGACCAGUAUGGCCCCCUGAUCGGUCAGGACGAUGUUGUUGGGCUUGACAUCCCGGUGCACCAACUGACACAUGCACCCGCACACACAGAUAGGCCUGCCUAUCUUCCGACCAGCACCCACCCCACCACCCCCGACCUCCCCAGCGGCCACCUGUCCGGUGUAUAGGGUGUCGAGCGCCGUCAGCAGCCCAAACGCUAUCUCCUUACACAUGGCGUCAGGCACGCGCCCCCCGACCUUCGUCAGGUCCUUGACAACCUUGGCCAUCGUCUCGCCCUGGGCGUGCCCCAUCACGAUAUAGAAGUACAACGAGUCCUCCAGCACCUUCACACACGAGAGGUGCAGGUUGACUCAUGGACAGAUAUGCUUGUGCACUGACCUCGAUGACCUCUGCCAGAUAGGGAGAGUUCCACUUAGAGACGGCCUCGUAGACCUGUUGCGUGUACCAGGGUGGCGCCACCGGCCUGAUGGAUGGAUAGGUAGAAGCAGCCACAUGCAGUCAGUCGUGGCACACUCAGGCGGCUGCUAUGCGGGCUCACUGCUGCUGCAUCUUGUUGAGCCGUUUGAUGAGAACUGGUAGCAUUGUGUCCAUCCUCUUGCCCCGCCAGAGGUUCCCAUAGCUGCACUCACACACACACACACACACACACACCGGUUUUUUUGUGGCUGUGCGGUGUGGGGAGACGGGGGGCGGGGAGGGAGCGGUGGUGGUGCCACUCGGUGACUGUCGACUGGGGACACACAAACAAACAUUGAAAGAGUGUGUGUCUCUUUCUCUGUGUGGGUCUGUCUGUCUGGCCACAAGUAGAUGAACCUACCUGCGGCUCCUCCAACUCCCGUAUUUUGGCCUUCAGGCCACUGAUGAUAUCCAGCAGCUUCUUCUGCAGUCAGGACACCAUACACACGCACCCAGACAGACAGAUGACAAGGUGUGCCGUAUAGGAGUCCUGACAUGUAUGUGCCCACCUGGUUCGCCCGCGCCGCCAUAUUCUUGUUCGACUUGAGCAGCUUGUUUAUGCCCUCCACCGCCCCCUUGUGCAUGUCCUGCCAGAUAUAACAGCUCUCUGCACGCCACACAGACAGUAUACAGCGCGCGUGCAGGCAAACAGGCAAUGGGGGCGACGCUGUUGUUGGUUCUCACCCCUCGCAUGCUCCCGACCCUCGUACAGCCUAAGCCAUUCCCUCCGCAGCACUCGCCAAUCGUCUUGCUCAGCCUCGUCUUUCCUCCUGUAACUUUCGAACUCUGCGACACACACACACACAUCAUGGCCACGCUCCGUCGCCUACAGAACAGAGCUUCUCCCUCCCGCCUUUGUUGCAGGCGUGCAACGUCUGACUCCCUCACCGCCGCAUACACACUUACCCUCCAGUAUCUGCCGCCUCUUCUCUGCCUUCCGGCGCCAGCUUGGUCUGCACUCAGGACACCACACACACGCACCCAGACAGACAGAUGAGAAGGCGUGCCGCAUAGUGUUCUCCUCUUCCGCUGCGGGGGCGAUGGGGGCCGUAGCAUCAAAUAGAACUGGGGUGGUGGUGGUAGUGGUGGUGGUGGCUGGGGCCUCCUGCAGACGGCUCGGUGUCGCAGGGGCAGCGGCUUCAUCACCGCGGCGGCAGCCAGGGGGGGCGCCACAACCACGCGGUAUCGAGCCGCGAGUUUGGCGUCGUUUUGGGCUGCCGUACCGCCGUCCUCCUUCUUGGCGCCGAGGGGGUCUUUGUGUUGUCGGCGCACCAU